UUUCUCUCACGUUGGGGCUACUUGUUUUAGGGCGCCAAGGAACGGCUUCGAAAGGGUGUCUAUACCCUGCCGAGAACCGGGAAUCUUCCCCCAACCCGCGCGCGCGACCGGCCGGUGCGCCGUGGCCCGCGGACAAUCUUCCAUACACAGACUGUGUUAGACUUGGAAUCUUCUCUUUUUUACUCCAUUCAGUUGACUUGAGGUUUUCAAGAGCAGCAUUCAUAAAUUUCCAGGAUGGAGAUCUCCUCUCAUCAGUCCCACCUCCUGCAACAAUUGAAUGAGCAGCGCAGGCAAGAUGUAUUUUGCGAUUGCAGUAUUCUAGUUGAAGGGAAGGUCUUCAAAGCACAUCGAAAUGUAUUAUUUGCUAGUAGUGGCUACUUUAAAAUGCUGCUUUCUCAAAAUUCAAAGGAGACAAGUCAGCCAACCACAGCUACAUUCCAGGCUUUCUCCCCUGACACAUUUACAGUCAUCCUGGACUUUGUCUAUUCCGGUAAACUCUCUCUUACUGGUCAGAAUGUCAUAGAAGUGAUGUCUGCUGCUAGCUUCCUUCAGAUGACUGAUGUCAUUAAUGUAUGUAAGACUUUUAUUAAAUCUUCAUUAGAUAUUAGUGAGAAAGAAAAAGAUCGCUAUUUCAGUCUCUCAGAUAAAGAUGCCAAUUCUAAUGGUAUAGAACGUUCCUCUUUUUAUAGUGGUGGCUGGCAAGAAGAAAGCAAUUCUCCACGUUCUCACCUAAGCCCAGAUCAAGGAACAGGUAUAAUCAGUGGAAAAUCUUGGAGUAAGUAUAAUUACCAUCCAGCCUCCCAGAGGAAUACUCAACAACCUUUGGCCAAACACGAACAAAGGAAAGAUCCCAUUAAAAAGACUAAACAUUUGAGAUUGUCACAGCCUUCUGAAGCUGCUCAUUAUAAGUCAAGCAAACGAGAAGCACGGACAUCUGAUUCUUCCAGUCAUGUUUCCCAAUCUGAAGAACAAGCAAAGAUUGAUGCUGAAGUGGAUGCUACUCCUGUUGGCUAUCAGUAUGGCCAAGGAUCUGAGGUCACAUCCAGAAAUUUUCCAGAUGAUCUACCAAGGAUGCGAUUCAAGUGCCCAUACUGUACACAUGUGGUGAAGAGGAAAGCAGACCUAAAGCGCCACCUUCGUUGUCACACAGGAGAAAGGCCCUAUCCAUGCCAAGCUUGUGGAAAAAGAUUUAGCAGGCUAGACCACCUAAGUAGCCAUUUUCGAACAAUUCACCAGGCAUGCAAACUAAUCUGCAGGAAAUGCAAACGCCAUGUGACUGAUCUAACAGGGCAAGUGGUACAGGAAGGAACCAGGCGCUACAGACUGUGCAAUGAGUGCCUUGCUGAAGUUGGCAUAGACAGCCUCCCCAUUGAUUUGGAAGCUGAACAACAUCUUAUGUCCCCAUCAGAUGGAGAUAAGGAUUCCAGAUGGCAUGUGAGUGAAGAUGAGAAUAGAUCCUAUGUGGAGAUUGUAGAGGAUGGGUCUGCUGAUCUAGUCAUACAACAGGUUGAUGACAGUGAAGAAGAAGAAGAAAAGGAAAUAAAGCCCAACAUUAGGUAGCUGAAAUGUGAACCAACAGAGCUGGCAUGUCUUCAAAUUACAUUGACUUCCUGUAUCUUUCUCUUUCCAUGGUCAGAGUCUGGUUAACAAAUUU